CUCAUGUCAGUCGUCGAGCCACACAUGUCAUCUUUUAAAGCAAUUCAUUUCGCUUGUAUAUGUUGCCUCUUGUUUCCCACCUGCGGUCGUCUAGUCGUCUUCUCGCCCCUCGCUCCGUAGUCGGCGCCUUCUUCCUGGGCAUCCUCUUGUCCCUCAACCUCGUUGCUGCAGAAGCGGCCAUCGACAUGGAUAGGUCCAUCAACCGCCCACAUGCAUCGGCAACACGUACGACGGUAGCAUAUCGGACUGCUGUACAAGACAAGGGACCGUUGCACCCGAGUCGCACCCGCGAGAUACGGCCCAUCCCGGAUACACACAGGCCUGGUAAGUUGUUGUCGGCCAGGCCCAUGGGCGCACAGGAAUCUAUCAAACCCAGUAAGUCUUAAUGAUACACAUAGAGCGCUGAACGCUACUCAUCUGAGUCAUGCACAAAGAUGUUCCACCCAUGCCGACGCGCAACGAACCUAUGCCGCCUCUUUGUGCACGCUCUCGUGCGCACUCUCAGCCUCCAUCAUCCCCGCACACGGAUCGAGCACCUGCAAUUCGAUUUUAUGACCACCAUCGGCCAUAUUACGAGUACGUGGCCAUGCCUUGUGCUAUGCGGUCUACCCAGAAAUGCUGAUUCACCGUUCCUGUUACCAGAUUCACGAACUUCGCGGCAUAUGCCAUUCACUGGGACGGCCGCAUGUACCACACCGCAGAACAUCGUACGUCCACUGCGGCUCUCUACAAGCAGGUGUUCU